GAACCGCGAGAUCGAGACCACUUGAUUAAAUGUUGAUAAAAUGGAUCACAAGACGUUUGAUAUACCAUCUCUAUGACUGGUGUGAUUUUCGUUAAACAUAUCGAGUCAAUGUGAGCGGCAUAGUGCCUCUCGAAUGUAAUUUUAAUAAAAGUCUUCUUAUUUUUUGUUUCUGAGGUGGUACUCUAAACCGUUCGUCGAAGACAUGGCAAUUGUCUUCAGUCGACCGAUACUAUGUAACCGGCAUUGUGCGUUCUAUUUGCUGAGAAAUCAUUACAAGGCUAUUUCUACCUAUUCUGUACAUCAUAAUAAUGUACUCAAUAAUCAUCAGAAAAAACUAAAACCUUUAAACAGAUCUACAAUACUUCCAACAUGUUACCAUAUUGGGGGGGCUCAUAUUCAAGAAGAUUUGACCACAGUAGAGGGCAAAAAUGUUACAGGCAAAGAAAUGAUCUUUGGUAUGUUGCAGUACAUUUGGCCAAAGAAUGAUAUGGUUAUUCGAAAACGAGUUACACUGGCACUUGGCUUAUUAGCUGCUGCCAAAGUGUUAAAUGUGUCUGUUCCAUUCUUGCUUAAAUAUGCUAUAGAUGAACUGAAUGAAAAUCUUGGUUCUAGUGGAGAUGCAUUAUUAACAAUGGGUUCAGCACCUGAAACUGUAUUGACUGUUGUUUCAACACUGCUAAUAUCAUAUGGUGUAUGUAGAGCUGCUGCUGCUGGUAUGAAUGAACUACGUAAUGCUGUGUUUGCUAGUGUAGCUCAACAGUCUAUUAGAAAAAUUUCUAGAAAUGUUUUUUUACAUUUACAUAACUUAGAUCUUAGUUUUCAUCUAUCCAGACAAACUGGUGCAUUAUCUAAGGUAAUUGAUCGUGGAAGUCGUGGAAUAAAUUUUGUACUUACUGCCAUGGUAUUUAAUAUUGUACCUACAUUAUUUGAAUUAACUCUAGUCAGCACUAUUCUGGGAUUAAAAUGUGGUUAUGAGUUUGCUGCAUUAUCCUUUGGGUGUGUAUCAAUUUAUACAGCUUAUACAUUAUUAGUAACCCAGUGGCGGACAAAAUUCCGAUUAUAUAUGAAUCAAGCAGAAAAUGAAGCUGGAAAUAAAGCUAUGGACUCAUUAAUAAAUUAUGAAACAGUAAAGUAUUUCAAUAACGAAUUAUACGAAGCCAACCGAUACGACAAGGUCUUACAAAAAUUCGAAACAGCUUCGUUGAAGACCAGCUCGAGUUUGGCUGUUUUGAACUUUGGUCAGAAUAUCAUUUUCAGCGUGACAAUAAGCGCGGCUAUGAUAUUGGCCGCUAAACAAAUAGUCGAAGGUAAUAUGACAAUCGGCGAUCUGGCAAUGGUAAACGGUCUUCUUUUUCAAUUGUCUAUGCCACUCGGAUUUCUCGGAUCCGUUUACCGCGAAGUGCGACAGGCGUUAAUCGACAUGCAGUCCAUGUUUUCUAUUAUGGCUUGCGACCCGUCCGUCAAGAACCUAGAAAAUGCUGCCCAAUUAGCUGUCACUAAAGAAAAUGCUUCAAUCGAAUUCCGAAAUGUCUGCUUUGGCUACCAGAAUGGUAAACCUAUUCUGAACAAUUUGUCAUUUGUUGUAUCACCCGGUCAAAAAAUGGCCAUUGUUGGAGGAUCUGGAAGCGGAAAGUCGACGAUAAUCCGGCUGUUAUUCAGGUUUUUUGAACCUACAUCGGGCGAGAUACUUAUUGGAGGUAAGAACAUCAAAGACGUUGAUAUCGACAGUCUUCGGAAAAGCAUGGCUGUAGUUCCUCAGGAUUCAGUUUUAUUCCACGAUACCAUUAUGUACAAUCUUCAUUACGGAGACAUGAGCAAGUCCGAGUCUGAAGUCAUCGAGGCAGCUAAACUCGCGGAACUCCAUAACUCUGUAACGAAGUUGCCCAACGGAUAUUUCACACAAGUGGGUGAACGGGGACUGAUGAUUUCGGGUGGUGAAAAGCAACGGGUAUCCAUUGCUCGGGCCAUACUUAAGGACAGUCCUAUUCUAAUAUUCGACGAAGCCACGUCGUCAUUAGACUCUAUUACUGAACAGAAUAUUUUAAAGGCCUUGCGACGAGCCACCAAGGACAAGACGAGCGUGUGCAUCGCUCAUCGGCUGUCGACUAUCAAAGAUGCUGACGAGAUUUUAAUCUUACGCAACGGCCAAAUUGUAGAACGUGGCAAUCAUCAAAUGCUGAUGGACAACGCGUCCGAGUACUCAGAGUUAUGGAACAUACAACAAGACACGUCCGAAAAAAAAUAGUAAACCUAGAUGAUAGGAAUUUGAACUUCCUUUUAUAUAAAAUCUCGUUUCAUAUCGGUACUCGUGUUUGCAUUAAACACGUUUAUGACUUGUACUGCCUACGUUUAAAACGCAGGUGUGUACCGAUCGGUAUUAGAUAGUGUAUAAUAUUAUAACACGUUAUGUCAUUAAAAUAUUAUAUAUAUCAUCUUUAUAGUGGUUACUAUACAAAUACCUGUUACUUAAAUUGUUAUUGAUUAGCAUUGUUUUCUUUAUAAAUUAAACGAUACUACUAUUAAUAUAAAUUGUUUAGUCUC